CACUGAAAGGAGCUGAGAGACAGUAGAAAUAUUUGGGCUUGGUGUAUGGCUGAACACUAGCACUGUCUGCCGUUGCAUUGGAGUCAUGUAGGAUAGGACAGGAGCUUGGAACUACCAACCCAGAGGAGUUUCACUAGUUUUACCUCAGCUUGGAAGGUAAACAUCUGCAUUGUCUGCAGAAAGAGGCACCAGUGACAGACCUGAGCCUGUCUUCUCAGAGUACAGUACACAGGGGGAGUGUGGGCACCAGGCCAGCCAUGAGCAGCCACGCCAUUCUCACCGAGUCAGAGUUCUCUGAGAAGGAGCAAGAAGGGAGUCUGCUGGGUUUGGAUGAGGAAGAGGAGGACAGUGGCAGCGAGGACAGUGAGGCUGGUUCAAAGAAGUCUUCUCUAGAGAGCGAGGGGGGCAUGGCCGGCAGCUGCCAGGAUGAGAAGAGACGCAGUCGCCCCGUCCACUCCAAGUACUGCCGUGUGGCCGCCAACGUUCGCGAGCGCAAACGCAUCCUGGACUACAACCAGUCAUUCAAUGCGCUGCGCAUGGUGCUAAAACACGACCUCAACGGCAAGCGACUGUCCAAAAUUUCCACUCUGAGGCGUGCCAUCAACCGCAUCUCUUCGCUCACCGUCUUCCUGCACUCCCAUCCCAGCCCCAGCGCCCUGCCAGGAGGACAGACACCCUGCACCCACGCAGUGUGCCUCAGAGGGCAGCACUCAGCUGGGAUUGGGGAGGCCAUGCUGGACCUGGGGAAGGACAGGGAGAGAGAGAGGGGCUUCCAGACCCCGGUGGACACCUACUGUCUGCAGCGUAAGCUUCAACACCACCAGCAGUCCCUGCAGGAUCACGAUGCCCACAAGUCUCCCAUCACUCUGCCUCCAGAGCUCCAGCUCUACACAGACACCCCAGGAGGAGGACACCCCAGCCCAUCUUGCUUGCCCUCCCCAUCCUAUGCCCACUUCUCCCCUACUGAGACCCAGCUCUACACACCCUCGCACCCUCACGAGGAGUUGAACAGCCCCCUGUACUACAGCAGCAGUGAGUGGAGAGGGGGGUCAGGGUACCCUUUUGGAAUGAGGGCCACCUGUCACCCGAACCACACUGACAGCCUCUCAGACUCCUCUCCUGCCGUGCCCUUCACGUGGCAGCUGGGUUACCUGCAAGGGUCAGCCGGCUACCAACAGUUCCUAACCAUGCACUGACUCUGACUGAACCCAAGACAUGAGCUCUACUGGAGGGCACCAACGUUACUAUCUACAAUGAUGUCAAACAGAGGGAAACUGAUGUGUGUAUAUGUCUAUGUAAGUACUGUAUGUAUGGGAUGCAAUGAUGGCUUUGGCUAUUUGGCUUUGCAAGUGGAUUUCUUAGUAAUGUCUUACACUUGUUUAAACAGAUUGACAAAAGUAUUGAUGGAAUGAAAUGUUACAGCAGAGGUUUGUAGAAUACAGUAUAUGUUUUACAUCCAAUAGUCUCUAAAAGCGAAAGGAAUGUGUUUAACAUUUCAACAUGUGUUUGUAAUACAGAAUAUAAUGUGAUAAAUAUAGCUACUGAAUGAGCUGUAUGAGUUGUUAGUCUUAAAACAGAGCAUGAGGGACUAAACACAAUAUACAUCUAGAUUUUUGUUUACCUGAGAUAUGUAUGUUUACAUGAGAAAGAUUACUCUUUUCUCAAAAAGAGAAUCAUAGUGCUUCCUUCCCCUGCAGCACAAACCCCAGAAAAGCAACUUGUAGUAAGUAUUAUAGAAGUGUCAGAAUUGUGCCUAUGCAAUUUGUAUUUUUGUAAGAAUUGAA